AUGCUUUCAGUUUUCCAACCCACUGAACUUUCACCGAUACAAUGGAUAUUCACAAUGAUCUAUCAAUGUCUCAUAAAGGUAAGUUAUCCUUACUCGAGACAUUCAGGAGUUAAUCAACUCGGAGGUCUGUUUGUUAAUGGUCGACCAUUACCGGAUAGUACGCGAUCACGUAUAGUUGAACUAGCUCACAAUGGCAUGCGUCCUUGUGAUAUUAGUCGAUGUUUGCAAGUGUCCAAUGGUUGCGUAUCGAAGAUCUUAGCGCGAUACUAUGAAACAGGUUCAAUUAAACCACGUGCAAUUGGUGGUUCGAAACCUCGCGUGGCAACUAAUGAUGUUGUUCAAAAAAUUGCACAAUACAAACGCGAAACACCAUCGAUAUUUGCUUGGGAAAUUCGUGAUCGUCUCUUAGCUGAAAAUGUUUGCAAUUCGGAAAAUAUUCCAAGUGUUUCAUCCAUCAAUCGAGUACUGAGAAAUCUUGGUUCGAAAUCCUUAGAUUCAAUGACUAAUCAUGAAACCUACUAUUCUGUGGAUAGUAAACUACGUGCUUUACAUAGCCAACCAUGGCCUUCAUCAUCAUCGUCGUCGUUUUAUGUUCAUCAUCCUGGCGCACAACCAUCGUCAGGUACCUAUUCGACAAGUGGCGAUUCGAAUUCAGAGUAUAAGCAUCAAGCAAGCGAUGGCAAUCAUGGUCACCAUCAAGAUCUAGGAGAUUUAUCUGAUGCAAGUAACGAUAGCAAAUCAGCAAUACGAGAUAGUCUAACUGAGAACGAUGCGGAUGCUCAAGAACGAUUGAAAUUAAAACGCAAGCUGCAACGGAAUCGAACAUCAUUUACUCAAGAACAAAUCGAUGCUUUAGAGCAAGCUUUUAAUGGGACACAUUAUCCGGAUGUUUAUGCGCGUGAAAAACUUGCACAAAAGAUCAAUUUACCUGAAGCGAGAAUUCAAGUCUGGUUCUCUAAUCGGCGCGCUAAAUAUCGUCGAGAAGAUAAAGUCAAAGGUCGACGUCAACAUCAACAAUUGAUGAAUGAGAUGGGAGAAAACCUACGUCCAUCAGGUUCGACACCGCCUCUUCCAUCUUCUCAACAAACGCAACCAUCAUCCUCAUCCGUUUCACUCUAUCCUCCCGUACUUCCAACCAACAAUGAUCAACAUCUUCACCACCACCAUCAUCAUCAAUAUGGAGCAUUUAGUUCAGGUUUUACUGGACAAAUGGCAGCAGCCGUUGCAUGCAGUUCAUCAGGAUAUCCAACAUUUUUUCCCAAUUCAACACGUGGUUAUGACGGACUAAGUCCAUUUAGCACACCUUAUAAUCGUUCUUGUCCAAAUUACUCAACAGGUAUCCCAUCUAAUCUCUCAUCAGAUCUCGAUCAUAUGAAAAACAUGCAAUCAAUGUCACCGUAUGGUGGAGCGCCACAUAUAUGGUAUUCCCCAAUUUUACCAUAA